GUAGAGACUACACCCAUGACUCAUGUGGCAGUUAAAGCGGCGGGAGAAAAGGUGGGGGGAAAGAGAGUGGAAAAUAGCUUAACUGGCCGUCAUUUUCUCUUUCGUCUUCUUUUUCAGCGUCAAAUCCGCAGGUUCUCACAUUCUAUUUGUUAAAGAGGACUUAUCCUGGCUUUCCAUUAAUAGAGAAAUUCUGCGUCUUCUCUCAAUUGUCCUUUCUUCCCAAUCUCUGUGUAGCUGCCCGGGUGUCUAAUCAUGGCGUCACCGCUCAUUGUUGCUGUGUCGAACCUGUCAAGCCCCAGUGAAGGCGGAAUAACCAUUGCUGAGAUCGCUCGCGUAGGAAUUACACUCAUCAAAGUUUCCGAGCCAUCACAGGCCACGAGCUUCAUCAAUCAAUACGCACGCCUCCUUGAUAUCUUCGUGGACGUGAGCGAUAUCGGCCUCUCCGAAGCCGCAGACAUUCUCAACGCCGGUGCUACCAAAAUUUUCGUCAGUCCCCAGCAAUUGGCGCAAUUAUCUGCAGAACACGAUAUUCCAGCGGCUAGAUUAGCCGUUCACCUGGUUUCACAGGAAGAUACAAAGGCGGUUCAGAAUUGGGUUUCCAAUGUCCCAGACGGCAAGGAUAUCAGCGUCGCUACGGCUGGUAAUGCCGUCGAGUAUUUCGAGACUUUCGGUUUCCCACGGGACGGAACGCAGGUGUAUAAAUACUUUGGAGAUGGUGUCACAGAACAGAUUGUGAUUGAUAAUGUGUCGCAAGGCGUCGUUGCCAUUGUACCAUCUACUCGACUCACCCUCACCCCACAACCCAAUGACAAGGUUUCAGCGGCAAACAUCCUGACCAGCAAGGCUGUAGCGGAUGAACAUACGGGGCUAUAUGCCACUUUAGUCACUGAUGAACGAGGGAUCGCUCUUGGCUUCGUAUGGAGCAGCAAAGAAAGUCUCGUGGAAGCGCUGAAGACAGGCACCGGCGUCUAUCAAUCGAGGAAGCGGGGUCUCUGGUACAAAGGUCAGACUAGCGGUGAUACCCAGGAGCUCUUGAGUGUCGGGUUUGACUGCGAUGGCGACUGCAUGAUUUUCAGAGUCAAGCAGCAAGGUCGAGGUUUCUGUCAUCUGGGUACAAACACAUGCUUUGGUAGAUACGGCGGUUUGUCUCGGCUGCAAAAGACCCUCCAGUCUCGCAAAGAAAGCGCUCCUACAGGCUCAUACACAGCACGUCUCUUCAAUGACUCUAAACUCGUCGAGGCCAAAAUCAUGGAAGAAGCCGAAGAGCUAUGCCAAGCAAGGACCAAAGAUGAAAUUGCGUCCGAGGCUGCUGAUCUGAUCUAUUUCGCUUUAACGCGCUGCAUUGCCGCGGAUGUCAACCUUGAAGAUGUUGAGAAAAAUCUAGAUAUGAAAGACCUCAAAGUUAAACGUCGCACAGGCGAUGCCAAAGCUCGUUGGGCUGAAAAGGUCGGUUUAACACAGGCAACGCCAAAACAGGCCCCUGUGCCUCAGGCCCCUGUGCCUCAGGAACCGGCUGCGGCCAAGUCUGAUCGUAUUGAGAUGAAACGUCUCAACGCGACAUCAACUCCUAUGACAGUCAUCAAGGAAGCCCUACAACGCCCAUCUCAGAAAUCGAACGAUGCUAUUGUCGAACUAGUAAAGCCCAUCAUCAGCGACGUACGCGCCAACGGAGACGCUGGUGUUCUCAAAUACACUCAUAAAUUUGAGAAGGCCACCUCAUUAACAUCACCCGUCAUCAAAGCACCGUUCCCAGAUCACUUGAUGCAACUAUGCGCUGACACCAUUAAAGCUAUUGACGUGAGCUUCGAAAACAUCAGAAAAUUCCAUUCAGCACAAAAAGAUGACAAACCGCUCGUUGUUGAAACUAUGCCCGGUGUGGUGUGUUCCCGGUUUUCACGUCCUAUUGAACGUGUUGGUCUGUACAUCCCUGGAGGAACAGCAGUUCUCCCAUCUACUGCUCUCAUGCUUGGUGUCCCCGCAAUGGUUGCUGGUUGUAAGAAGAUCGUCCUUGCCUCGCCACCACGUUCAGACGGCAGUAUUUCCCCUGAGAUCGUCUAUGCUGCACACAAGUGUGGCGCGGAAAGCAUCGUCUUGGCUGGUGGUGCCCAGGCCGUUGCAGCUAUGGCUUAUGGCACUGAGAGUAUCAGCAAGGUCGACAAGAUCCUUGGUCCAGGAAAUCAAUUCGUCACUGCCGCGAAGAUGAUGGUAUCCAAUGACACAUCUGCUGGCGUCAGCAUCGACAUGCCUGCUGGUCCUAGCGAAGUCCUCGUUAUCGCCGACAAGCAUGCCAAUCCAGCCUUUGUUGCAUCGGAUCUUCUGAGUCAAGCUGAGCACGGCGUCGACUCGCAAGUCAUUCUCAUCGCUGUCGAUCUCAACGAUAAAGAAUUGACCGCUAUUGAAGAGGAGUUGCAUCAGCAAGCCAACGCACUUCCUCGGGUGGAUAUUGUACGUGGCGCAAUUGAGCACUCGGUUACUUUUGUUGUCAAGACCGUCGAAGAGGCGAUGAACCUGAGCAAUGAAUACGCGCCAGAGCAUUUGAUUCUGCAGCUCCAGGAUGCAGAGAGCGUUGUUCCUCUAGUUCAAAACGCUGGUAGUGUUUUCAUCGGCCAGUGGACGCCAGAGAGUGUUGGCGAUUACUCUGCAGGUGUCAACCAUUCGCUACCAACAUACGGAUACGCCAAGCAAUAUUCUGGCGUUAACCUCGGAUCUUUCGUGAAACACAUCACCUCUUCGAACUUGACUGCCGAGGGUCUUCGCAAUGUGUCAGGGGCAGUCAUGCAAUUGGCUGCUGUUGAAGGUCUUGACGCGCACAAGCGCGCCGUGAGCAUCCGCAUGGAUGCGAUGGAUAAAGCUGCAUGAUGUAUACGUUAGAUGGUUGUUACUAAAAGUUGGUUUUUGUUUAAAGCGAUUAUGACGUGUUAAAAUAGUAUGAAAUCAUG